AACCACUUACCCUUUUGUUUUUCCUAAUUUCUCUUACAUCUCUCUCUUUUGAGCACGCAUUCAAACACACUGGGAUAUAGUUUCCCAAAGCAAAUGACUUGGGUGUGGCAUGUGUGUCCUAUGACCUGGCGCGUCAUCCAGCCCCUCGAGAGGUUUUAUCUACACCGGAACGCACCUUGUGUAAACAGACAACGUUAGAUUUCGACAUCUACAUAAAAUGUCUUUCAGAAAGAGCUCUAGCUAUACUAGAACCCUUCAUUAAACCGUGAAAGUUCAGACAGAUUAAGCCAGUUUAGUAUGUAAUCUCUCUUGCGAUCUUUUUCUAUUUGAAGUGAACAAGGACAAACAGCCUACAGGAAUAAUGAAGUUUCAAAAUAUUAACACAUUUCUUCUUGUGUUGGCUGGCAUCUCAGUAACUGGACUCAUUUUUUUGGGCUACAGCUCCACAUCAUUAAGAUAUAAAGAGAAAAGAUUCUGCCUCAACCUAACAAAAGAGCACCAGGAAAACUCGAACUUGCAAUCACCACAAGGGCUUUCAUACAAACAGCCCAGUGUAGUAGGCCCAGAUGGCAAAGUUGUUCCUGUGACACCAUGGUUAUCCCCAAUUGUAUGGGAAGGAACUUUUGAUCCAUUACUGAUUGAUUCGAUCUACAGACAACAGAACAUCACCAUAGCAACUACAGUCUUCGCUCUUGGAAAAUACACACAGUUUCUUAAAGAUUUCCUGGAGUCUGCAGAGCAGAAUUACUUUGUUGGAUUUCGUGUGCAUUAUUAUCUGUUCACUGAUCAACCAGAACAGGUUCCUGAAGUGAAACUGGGUGAAGAACGUCAGCUGACGGUGUUGAAAGUCCCUAGUUCUAACAGAUGGCAGGAGAUCACUUUGCGCAGGAUGGAAAAGCUGGAGAAACUGAUUGAAAGUCGAUUGGUCAAUGAAGCUGACUAUGUUUUCAGCCUUGAUGUGGACACAAAGUUCUACGGGCGAUGGGGGGCAGAGUCUUUGGGUCGUCUUAUAGGUGUGAUACAUCCUGGUUACUAUCAAACAGCACGUGAACAGUUCCCAUAUGAGCGCAGGCCCGAGUCUCAAGCAUUCAUUCCUUAUGCUGAGGGUGAUUAUUAUUAUGGUGGAGCUGUGAUCGGUGGCUUAGUGAAAGAUGUAUAUGAGGCUGCUAAAACCUGCCGGGAGCAACUGGACAUUGAUGCAGCUAAAUCGAUUGAGGCAGCAUGGCAGGAGGAGUCCCAUUUGAACAAAUACUUCCUUUAUAACAAACCCAGCAAGGUGCUCUCACCAGAAUAUCUGUGGCAGGACUUCAAACCUCACACAAAUGAAGUCAAAAUCAUUCGCUUCUCUCAAGUUAUUAAAAACUAUGCUGCAGUUCGUCCAAACCCAUAACAGCUGUAAACUGUCACAUAUUUAUGGACUUUAUUUGGAAUAAGUAUAAAAUAUGAAUAUCAGGCAUGUAAAUUUAACUGCAGUUCUUGAUUGUCUAACAAAACCUGUGGCCAAAUAUUUAUUCAUUAGCUAUACAUCAGCAUUUGUACUACUGCUUUCGAAGGUUAUUUGGAUGCAAUGCAUAAAACUGCAGGAAAACAGUUUUAUAAUUAAAUUGAAUCAAGGAGAGAUAAAAACAGUCAAGCAUUAUUAUUAUACUAUAACAGCUUGAGAAGAGUUUUAGAUUUUUUUUUCUCUCGCCGCACUGCCAUAAAGAGCCAACUGAUCCCAAAUGCUGGUUCAUGCUUACUUUUGCAUAGGCUAAAGAGAAGGCAAAGAAAGGCACUUUGCAUAUUAAAAACCAACAACACUGCUGAAAGAUCUGAAUGUUUUCCAUUUAUUCAAAAUAAACAUGAACUAACGUUAGAACUGCAGUAGCAUUGGGAAUGUCUUGUAUAGGGUUGCAAAGGGGUGGAAAUUGGUAUGUAAUCUGGGGAAUUUUGGAAAUAAUUCAAGUUGGAAACUUAACAGGAAUUUAUGGGAAUUCAUUGGAAAUUUUGGGAAAUUUAUAGAAACUGUAUUAUAUACAAAAAUAAAUAUAAACAGUGUGUUUGGUCAUAA